AACAUUGUUCUCAUCGGUCACUGAGUACAGUAACCCACGGACGUUGCAUUUUGAUACUUCGUCCGGUUCUGCAGUAAUUUAUAAAUUCUGUUUAACAGAGUGUAAACCUGAAAAUUAUCAUUUUUUGCACGUGACAAGAAGAUACUUCAAAGUGAAAGUGUUUUUUGUGAACUUACUCAAAUAGCUUGAUUAAAUAUUUCGAUCAAAAAAUAUAAAACUAACAUCAUUGAUUGAAAGAGAAUAUUUCUAAUUAAUUUCCAACAAAGACAUGAAUGCCAUUAAGAAACGACUGCAGACGCUAAAGCUCGAGAAAGAUCUCGCGAUGGACAAAGCCGAUCUGUGCGAUCAGCAAGCGAAGGAGGCAAAUCAAAGGGAAGAAAAAUUAAGGGAUGAGGUGCGCGAAUUGGCGAAAAAGUUGGUGCAAAUGGAGCACGAUCUGGAAGUGAGUAAGGCCCAACUGAUAAAAUCAAACAGGAAUCUCGAGAUAAAGGAGAGGAUCUAUAUCGUGACGCAGUCGGAACUGGCGGUGUUGAAUAGAAAAAUGCAGCAGUGCGUGCAGAAUUUAGAAAAGUCGGAGGAACGAUGUUUGUCAGCUCAAGUAAAACUCGCGCAAGCCAUGGAAACUGCUGAGGACGCAAAGCGCAUCUGCAAAGCCUUGGAGAACAGGAGCAAGCAAGAUGAAGAGAGAAUGAAUCAAUUGAUGGCACAGCUGAAGGAAGCGAAGCUUAUCGCUGAAGACGCCGACACGAAAUCGGAUGAGAUUUCGAGAAAAUUGGCGUUUGUCGAGGACGAGCUCGAAGCGGCGGAAGAAAGAGUUAAAUCGAGCGAGGCGAAAAUUCUCGAGAGGGAAGAUGAGUUAUUCAUCGUCGGCAAUAUAUUCAAGUCCUUGGAGGUGUCGGAAGAGAAAGCUAACCAAAGGGUGGAAGAAUUUAAAGCACAGCUAAAGGAAUUAAAAGUAAAACUGAAAGCUGUUGAAAAGCGUGCCAUAAUCGCCGAAAAAACCGUCAAGAUAUUCACAAAAGAAAUGGACAAGAAGGAAGAUUAUUUGCUAAAAGAAAAAGAAAAAUACAAGUACAUCUGUGAUGAUUUAGACUCCACGUUUUCGGAUCUUACGGGAUACUAAGACUGAGAGAAUCAUCGAUUGUUCGAUUGUAUCCCUAAACCAGGAAAUCUGCAUUGCACAAAAACAUAAAUAUAAACUCUCACGAAUUA